CCCCCGCGCGCGGCUCACAGCGCAGCCCUGGCCCGGCGCUGGCAGGAGGAGGAGCUGCGGCGGCGGUGGCCACUCGGGCAGGUCGGCGGCGCUGCCGGAACCCGCCGACGGCGCGGGCUGCUGGUCCCUGCGCGGAGGAGGCGCGGGCGGCCCUGGGGCCAUGGAGCCUGGUGACGCGGCGCGCCCUGGCCCGGGGCGGGUAGUUCGGGCGCUGCGGCCGCGGCUGCUCUUGCUGCCGCUACUGCCACUGCUGCUGGGUCGGGGGCUGCGUGCUGGGGCCGCGGCCUCCUCCUCUGGGGCGGCGGCCGAGGACAGCAGCGCCAUGGAGGAGCUCGCCACGGAGAAGGAGGCGGAGGAGAGCCACCGGCAAGACAGCGUGAGCCUGCUCACCUUCAUCCUGCUGCUCACGCUCACCAUCCUCACCAUCUGGCUCUUUAAGCACCGCCGGGUGCGCUUCCUGCACGAGACCGGGCUGGCCAUGAUCUACGGCCUCAUUGUUGGGGUGAUCCUGAGAUACGGCACCCCUGCCACCAGUGGCCGUGACAAGUCCCUGAGCUGCACUCAGGAAGACAGGGCCUUCAGCACCUUGUUAGUGAACGUCAGCGGGAAGUUCUUUGAAUACACCCUGAAAGGAGAAAUCAGCCCUGGCAAGAUCAACAGUGUGGAGCAGAAUGACAUGCUGCGGAAGGUGACAUUUGAUCCAGAGGUAUUCUUCAACAUUUUGCUGCCUCCAAUUAUUUUCCAUGCUGGGUACAGUCUCAAGAAGAGGCACUUUUUCAGAAAUCUUGGGUCUAUUCUGGCCUAUGCCUUCUUGGGGACUGCUGUUUCCUGCUUCAUUAUUGGAAAUCUCAUGUAUGGUGUGGUGAAGCUCAUGAAGAUUGUGGGACAGCUCUCAGACAAAUUUUACUACACGGAUUGUCUCUUUUUUGGAGCAAUUAUCUCUGCUACUGACCCGGUGACUGUGCUGGCGAUAUUUAAUGAGCUGCACGCCGACGUGGAUCUCUAUGCACUUCUGUUUGGAGAAAGUGUCCUGAAUGAUGCUGUGGCCAUUGUGCUGUCCUCGUCUAUUGUUGCCUACCAGCCAGCGGGGCUGAACACUCACGCCUUUGAUGCUGCUGCCUUCUUUAAGUCAGUUGGCAUUUUUCUGGGUAUAUUCAGUGGCUCUUUUACUAUGGGAGCUGUGACUGGUGUUGUGACCGCUCUUGUGACCAAGUUUACCAAGCUGCACUGCUUCCCCUUGCUGGAGACGGCUCUCUUCUUCCUCAUGUCUUGGAGUACGUUUCUUCUGGCCGAAGCCUGCGGAUUUACAGGUGUUGUAGCCGUCCUUUUCUGUGGGAUCACUCAAGCCCACUACACCUACAACAAUCUGUCAGUGGAGUCGAGAAGUCGAACGAAGCAGCUCUUUGAGGUGUUACACUUCCUGGCAGAGAACUUCAUCUUCUCCUACAUGGGCCUGGCGCUGUUUACCUUUCAGAAGCACGUUUUCAGCCCCAUUUUCAUCAUUGGCGCUUUUGUUGCCAUCUUCCUGGGCAGAGCUGCACAUAUCUAUCCACUCUCUUUCUUCCUCAACUUGGGCAGAAGGCAUAAGAUUGGCUGGAAUUUCCAACACAUGAUGAUGUUUUCAGGCCUCAGGGGAGCGAUGGCAUUUGCAUUGGCUAUCCGCGACACAGCAUCCUAUGCUCGCCAGAUGAUGUUCACCACCACUCUCCUCAUCGUCUUCUUCACUGUGUGGAUCAUUGGUGGAGGCACGACACCCAUGUUGUCAUGGCUUAACAUCAGAGUUGGCGUCGAGGAGCCCUCCGAAGAGGACCAGAAUGAUCGCCGCUGGCAGUACUUCAGAGUUGGUGUUGAUCCAGACCAAGACCCACCACCCAACAAUGACAGCUUUCAAGUCUUACAAGGGGACGGUCCAGAUUCUGCUGGAGGGAACCGGACAAAACAGGAGAGUGCGUGGAUAUUCAGGCUAUGGUACAGUUUUGACCACAAUUACUUGAAGCCCAUCCUCACUCACAGCGGCCCCCCUCUGACCACCACUCUGCCUGCCUGGUGUGGCUUGCUAGCUCGCUGUCUGACCAGUCCCCAGGUGUACGACAACCAAGAGCCGCUGAGAGAGGAGGACUCGGAUUUCAUCCUGACCGAGGGUGACCUCACCUUGACCUACGGGGACAGCACAGUGACUGCGAACGGCUCCUCAGGCUCCCACACAGCCUCUACAAGUCUGGAGGGCCGGAGAACAAAGAGCAGCUCUGAGGAAGUGCUGGAGCGAGACCUGGGAAUGGGUGACCAGAAGGUUUCGAGCCGGGGCACCCGCCUGGUGUUUCCAAUGGGGGAUAAUGCGUGACAUUCCCCCAAACCUGGAAGCAAUGGGGUAAGCCCCUAGUGGGGUGAGGAUGGCCACAAGCUCCUGUGGUGUUUGAGGUUGAGGCAUUGACUGGAUAGAAAUAACGCUUCUGUUUUUACUGGGGUCUGAAACUAUCUUACUUCAAAUUCAUCCCAAGACACAGAUGGUGAAGCUAAAGUGUCUCUAAAUUAAGACAAACACAGCCCUAUUCCUACUUUUUUACCUAGUAGUGCGCUGUUUCAGAGUUAAACACAAACAUAGCAUGCUUUAAUGGUCUCUCAGUUCAUUCGCCUGCAGCAUCUGAAGAAGGUGGGGCAGGCGUUGGGGACUCCUCCCUCAGAGACGUCAUCUCCAGACACAGCAGUGCUAGGCUAGCUGGCACUAAGAAUAGCAAGUUAGGGGAGAACAGGCUAGAAGAAAGAUUGCAAAGGAAGGCAUAUAAAAUUGGACCCUGUAGGACGAUGGAAAUCUGGUGUUACAUGGGACAGAAAACAUGGAAAAGCAAUUUGAGUGGAGAUGCCAGCGACGAAGGCCACAUGACUACAUCCUCAUUCAUAUCAAGAUUCUUGACUUUUUCUGUUACUUGUGUUUCUUCUAGACUGAAGAGAAUAUAUAUCCAUGAACAUCCAACAUGAGGGAAAGAAUUAUAAUUCUUUAUCUAGAAAUUUCCAUAAAGAAAAAGUUAUUGAAAUGUUUAAAACCAAAGGCAAAUAGCAUCACACUGUUUUUGUUUUAAUUAAUCUGAGGACAAGGAGGUAUUUAAAAACUGAUGAUGAUGUCAUUACAAAACUCACUCAACUUUUGACAGCUACUGCCUGGGAAAUGAUUACUAGGACUGAAGUGUCUACUGGGAUUUCAAAAUAACACCAAAAUGUGUAGGAUGCUUUUAUCUGGAAAGGAGAAGUCAACAAAAAACCUAAAAGGCAAUCAACUAGUAUUCAGAGGGAAAGAGUAAUCUCAGUGCAAAAAAAAAAAAAGAAAAGAAAAAGAAAAAACAAAAAGAAAAUAAGAAAAUACAAGAGAGUAGUCCAAAGACUGAGUCAGAUCCCAAACUUUGAGCUGACAUUCACGGCCACCUGAGGAACCAGACACAAGUCAAUGGAACUUUAAGCAUUAUUCAACCCAGUGGAAGAUUCUAUCAUCUAGAAGAUUAAGGAUCCGGGUAUCUUUACGACGCUGAGUUGCCAAAAAGAGAAAGAUCAUUUUCUUGGCAUCUGAGGAAGCGGUUUCAUCAGCUUAAUGUGUGGCAAUGGUUUGAAACUUAGAUUUUUACUUUGGGUCUUUCUGGGUGAACUAUUCCACCUGCCCACACCUGUAGCAGGUGAAAUACUGAAAGAAUUCUUGGGAAAAUUCUGAGGUUUUCCUCCAUGUCUCUGUGCUUAAAUGCUAGCAUUUUUGGCAACACAAUUUCUACAACAUGCUUUCAUAACAUGUGGGCGUUUUUCUCCUUACGCCAGAUAAAAUAGUUUUCUCAGUCCAGUAUGCCUGUGAUGAAACCCGUCCUUUAACCUUCUUAACUCACAUUUGUAAUGGUUCCUUUUUAAAUAAGACAUUGCUUUACAAUUUUGUGUUUGAACUGAUCAUUUGUGCAGAUCAGGAAAGAUAUAUUUAAUUAGGUUGAGCCAUAUGAAAUUACUGAUAGUCAACCUAUUUUUGGAAGUCAGGAAUGGCAAUUUCCUAUGGUUCAGUAUAACACAACUGGAUAGAUUUUAUUCACUCUUUCUAUGUUAAGUUCAUUUUGAGUUUAUGGCCAUAUGUGUGGGCUUUGUAAAUUUGAAAAUAGCUAAACAACAUACCUAAGCCAUGUUGCAUCAUGGUUAUAGGGUUAGUGAAGGAUUUAAGAAGAUCUAAGGGCCAAAGCCAGAGAAAGAACUUUUCUUAGCACCAGGAAGGGAAGCUCUUGUUUCUUAGGAACAGACUGUAGACAGUAGCUACCAGGCUUGGCAGGAGGCUACAAAUGUGUGUGAGUGCCCAGGCCAGAGCCAGCACAAGAGUUUUCCUUGAAUUAUCUCAGAAAUAACCAGUCAUGCCAUCCACUUAAAAGGUGAGGCUUGCUUGCGUGCAGAGCUGGAGGGAUAAGCUAUUUGGCUCUCUAUAAAUUAUAACCUUGCAUAUCUCUUACGUUAUUAGUUUUGGAGGGCAAAGCUAGCAGGAAAGCCCUGGAGAUGGUUCUUGCAAAGAGCCAUCCUGGUAGGGUCACCAUCUUCAUUCAUCUCAAAGCCUUGGUGUCAUUUUGGUUUUAUAGGAAGCUUUCAGCAGAUUAUAAAAAAUCACCUUCUUGGGGAAGAAAAAUAAUGACAGUGUCCCAUUCUCGUCUUAGGUCAAUCCAUAGAUUAUUGUGUUUUCCCCCAAAGGGUCUUGUGGUCUUCACUGCAAACAUUUUAUUCUGAUUAAUUUAAAUAUAAGCAAAUAGAGACUGGUCAAGGCCAAAACUAUGGCUGUAAUUAAUUAUUGGGUCAUUUAUUCCGUGGGUCAAAGUAAGUCACUUCGAACUCUUGUCCUAAUUUUUGUUUGCAAGAUGUGGAGAAUGACUUUGACCUUACCAGGGGUCCUAGGAAGGUGAAUUCCUUCAUGAAAAUGGUUCCAUUUUCUAGAAGCAUUAUGCCUAGGCUGCAUGGAGACAAGUAGGGGAUCACAAAGCCCAGAAACCAUCCAGUUCAGGGCCAUGUGCUGUCAGUUUGACAAAAGACCAAAUUGAAACUGCUGGGUGAUGAUUGAGUAAACUCAAAUCAUCUUAUAUACAUACUUGUUCAUCCAAGUUGAGGGAGGCAACAGUUCAGCAGUCAGAUGUGCUGGAGCAGAGAACAUCCAAUUGGUUGUAUAGUCGGGUCACUUGGCUAGUCCUCCCCCACGCCCCGCCCCCAAGAGUAAGGGCCAUAUCCUCAGAGAUUUGGAUUCAGUAACUUUUGUGGUGGGACCUGACAUCUAUACUUUAUGCUGGAACAUCAGGAGUAGAAAGCCAUUAGCCUAGAGCUAAUGAGAACCUUAUUUAAGAGUGGUCUAGCCAGGUAAGGUUUCUCUUAGAUUUCUAGCCCUGUAGAAAAAACUGAGUAUGGAUUCAUAAGACAGUCUACGCUGCUGUGAGCACUUCAUGCUAGCCUUUGCAGAACCCAAGAAUGUAUUCCAUACAGUGCUACUAAAAAGGUCACUUUUGUAAACCUUAGAGCCUCAAGACAGACAAGGUGACUUAUGUAGAGGUAGGAUUUAAAACCUGAAAUCUUCAUUCCCAUUUAUGGGAAAGAAAGGGGGAUUUUUAUCUUAACUGAGCUGCUAAUUAUAUACCAAAAGUACUCUGGGAAAUUGUCUUUGAAAUUUAAUCUGGAAUGAAAUUAAUAGUCCCCUAUGCAUUUAAACUUUCGUUGACUUGUCCCCAUGCCUGAAUCUGCAUUGGAUUCAUCAGAAUAAGGGUGGGCGCAUGUACUGCUAGAGCAGAGUGGAAGACUGUGCGCAUUUUGCUGUCAUAUGGUAGCACUAGCAGAUAAUUAAGAAGAUGCAAACUUUAGGGUGAAGCCUCCUGCCAUUGCUUUUUCAUACACUUUUUGGUAACUUUCAGGAAGCCUCAAUUUUCCUAGAGAAGGAACUUUGAGGUUUAAAUGAGGCUGCAUUUCUUCCGAGGAAACAAGCCCAGGAAAGGCAUACAGACUCUAAUAAUCUAGAGUACUCACUGGGGUGACCAUAUAGAUAAGCAUUGAUGCCUUGAAGCCAAAAAUCACACUGUGAUAUCAAACGUCUCAUCGAGCAGACAACAAGGAGCUCUAAAUUUAGGCUGUGUUCUCUAGCCCCAAAAAUGUCCUCUGUGAUUUGGUUGGCCAAUGACAUCCCUUUAGAAAACAUGCAAGACCUUAGCUAUUCAUGGACAUCUCAGUCCUGGGCAAUGAACUAACUUUCUUCCAAAAUAGAGGUCUAUUUCCAUGUCACCCCCUCACCAUCUCUCUCUGUUUCUGUCUUCAGUGGAAGUUAAUGUAAUCAUGUCAGAUUUUUAAUGUGAACCUGUGAUUUCCAAAUGUAGAACCACCACCCACUGAUGCACUUAGGGAAGAUGAGCCUUAGGGUAGUUGAGUGACUCAUCAGAGGUGAAAAUCAUCCACUUGCAAUCGUAUUGUGUACCCACUGAGAGUUCUAAAAGGUGUAUCAGGGGGCUGAUUCCAACCUCUGCUAUAAAUAUAAGCUGGAAUGAGGGCUCCUGGCAAGUAAGCUUGCUGACCCAAUGAGUAUCUGACUUCUUAUUCCACUUCGGAAGUGGGGAGCUUGACAAGUUUCACGCCCGCCUUUUGAUGUUGGUUCUAUAGAUUAGUUAGUAUAGGAACAAGUUUGGCCAAUAGGUUAGACUGGGAUCAUUGAGUUAUGGUCUCUUUAAGGGAGAAUCUGCCUUGCCAGUGUCAGUUAUUGCAUUCUGAUGCAGUUGAAGGAAUCUAGUGGCCAAGAGUUAUGGUUAGAAACAACCCAUCUGAAUGCUGCUUUUAUCACUUUGAUACCUGAAAGGACUUUAUCUGUAUUUAAAGACUAAUGAGAGCAACAUAUAGAGAAAAUACUGUCGAAAUCAAUACUAGUGUCUAACCAGGAAAAGCAAGUAGACUCUUUGACAGUCCUUUCAAAACAAGAUCUAGAAAUAGACCCUUUCCCCCCAAUCUUGAUUUCUAGAACAUUUUAAAAUUAAUAAAAAUGCCUUGUCACCCAGUGCUAGCAAAAAUUGUAAAGAACAAAACCAAAGUUUCAAUGUUAGUUUCCUUUUCAUAAGCAGGGUAUAUUUGUACUAUGACCAUGGCCCAUAUGGAACCACAGGCAGUGAGUUUUCUGCCACUCAAGCCUUGGAGAAGAUGAGAAGGAAAGUCUGCCUGCUGCACCACCUCCAUUUAAAAAGGCCUGAGGCAGAUAUGAGAGCACACAGCAGAGGUCACCCUCUCAUUCCCAUGGCCACCUUGAGAAAGGCUUUAACAGAAUGACCAAUGUCAUGUUCAACUCUUGGCCUGUGGAAAAAUUGUCUGAGCCUGUAUGUGUCAGAGAAACUCAGAUAAAAAAGGACUUGUAGACAGUCUGCAGAAAUCCACAUCUGAUAUCUCAAAGCACUUUUUAAAUAGUCAGGAUGCAGGUGCUAUUGGGUGACCGACUGGACAUUUGGGGGCUGACUGUCAUUGUGAUUGUUCCAGCUGUGGGCUUUGGAGAAGCAGAGGAAUGCUUUUCGCUUAUGUGGGUGUUAAGUCUAUGGGUUUGGGAUGUACCACUGAAAUCACUCAUUCACAGUGUGAGUAGGGUCAGCUCCUCCUGUCUUUUUUUCAUUUUUACAUAAAUAAAUAUGUCUGGUACUUCUUACUUGGGAAGAUUUACUAUGCCCAUUAAAAUGAUUCAAUGGGAAGGUCACCAAGAUUCAUUUACUAGCUGAAAUGCAAUUUUUAAAAAUAGAAUAGGGUAAAUUUAACAUGGAAUGAUGUGACCUUCUGGGGAACUUUUUAUAGAGAGCAUACAUACGGUAAUUUGGGGGGAGGGAUUUUUUCUUUUAUUUCCACUCAGCAGUAGCAAACUGGUGGUUUUUAUACAAUUAACAUUAUAGCAUGUUAUAUAAAUAAACAUGUUAUAUAAAACGACGUUAAGUAUGUUGUAACUGUGAAAAAUUGAAGACUUGGAAUCAUCUGCAACUUUUAUGUGCAAUAAGGAAAACUGCAGUAGGCCCCCAAAGUGCUAUCUUUCCCCUAGCAUUUUACUUAAUGUUUGCCUUGUGUCUAUGUUUAGAUUGCUAUUGUACAGCUAGCCACAUGUUUCCCAGCCCUUUACUGAUAUUUAACAUGUUUUCUUGAAGCCUUGUUUUUGUUUUGUUUUGUUUUUUUAUAAAACUCAAAAUAAAAAGAUUAACGCUGA